AUGGAAUCAAGGAACCAAACAAGUGCCUUAGAAUUUAUCCUGUUGGGACUUGCAGAAAAUCCAAACCAUGAGACCCUCCUCUUCAUCCUGUUUCUCCUCAUGUAUGUGGUCACUGUAGUGGGCAACUUACUCAUCAUCCUGGCCAUCAGCUCUGACCCUCACCUCCACACCCCCAUGUACUUCUUCCUCGCCAACCUCUCCUGGGUGGACUUCUGCCUGGCCACCAAUACCGUCCCCCAGAUGCUGGUCAACAUCCAAAGCAAGAGCAAGUCCAUCUCCUACCCUCGCUGCCUGACCCAGAUGUAUUUCUUCCAUUUCAUUGGCAUCAUGGACAGCAUCUUGAUCGCCGCCAUGGCUUAUGACAGGUUCGUGGCCAUCUGUCACCCCCUGCACUACACCACUAUCAUGAGCCCACGGCUCUGUGGGCUGCUGGUCGGGGGGCCCUGGCUGUUCUCCUUUGUUAUCUCCCUCACCCACAUCCUCCUCAUGGCCCGGCUGGUGUUCUGUGGCCACAAUGAGCUUCCUCACUACUUCUGUGACCUCACGCCCCUUCUCAGGCUGUCCUGCACGGACACCACCAUCAACCAGAUCUUUGUGCUCAUUGUGGCUGGCAUGGUGAUCGCCACCCCCUUCUUCUGCAUCCUAGCUUCCUAUGCCCGAAUCAUCGUGGCCAUCUGGAAGGUGCCCUCAGUGGGGGGCAGGAAGAAAGCCUUCUCUACCUGCAGCUCCCACCUGUCUGUGGUGGCCCUGUUCUAUGGGACCACCAUCGGGGUCUACCUUUGUCCCUCCUCAGUGCGCACGGCCGUGAAGGAGAAAGCCUCAGCCGUCAUGUACACCGCGGUCACCCCCAUGCUGAACCCCUUCAUCUACAGCCUGAGGAACAGGGACCUGAAAGGAGCCUUGAGGAAACUCAUCAACAGAAAAAUCACCGCCUCUUCCUGACACCUCAUGGAGCCAGGAGUUCUAGGACAUGAGGUAUGAGCAUUGA